AUGGACCUGUUGCAGCAGCACCAUUCAACCAACGCAGAGUCGUCUGGUGCUCAAAUAAACCAAGUCUUAUCAUCUACACAUAGUGAUUCUAUUUUGGAUGGUCUUGCUCAGUCUCUUGUUCUUGAUUCAUUAUCUCCGCCAUCUCUUUCAUCCCUAUUACCACCCUCUUCAUCAUCUUCCUCUUCCUCUUCCUCAUUAUUGUCCCAAGCCUUUUCCACAAAUAACAAUCACCAACUGGAUCUUGACAAUAAUUAUGAAGAAGACGAUCCAGAUAAAACCAAUCAAGAUCAAGUUGAAGUUGAAGAUGAUGAUGAAGAUGAAUAUGAAGAUAAAGAAGAAGAAAUUAAUAAUCAAGAUCACAACCAACUCCUACCCAGCUUUACUUCAUCCAAUCUCAUGUUUGCCUUUUCUGACAUGUCACUGGCCCCCUCUCCUUGUUCGCUUACUCAAGAGGCCACGCAUUUGAUGAAUCAAGGGGACAAAGGCGUCAAUUGCCGUGUUGGUAGUUGUGGUUGUUGUUGUGGUGGUGAUUGUGGUGAUUGUGGUGGUGGUAAUUGUGAUGGCAGUUUUAAUCCAGCAGGGGGGCUUCCGUUGACUACGACAACCGCACGAGUCCCAAACACGGCAUUGCCUAGGGUUUCAUCAUUAUUGUCAUCAUCAUCAUCACCACUACCACCACUAUUUGGGGUUACAAAAGGUGCAAUUCAAGGGCUUUCUGUGGAGUUGCUGCAGCACCAGCCAGAGAAGGCGGCAGAUUUCCCAGUGGUUGAAGGUAAUGAUGAGCAUUUGGGGCUCCUGACUGGAUGUGCAGCACCAACACCAGCACAGGCAUCAGCACAUGCAAUGAAAUUGCAAAAUCAGCAAGUUGAAAAUGUUUUUGCUGCACCAACAACUAAGAGGGGGGGUCUUAUAUUGUGGAGGAAUUUGCCCAAAUCUUGUCUACUGAAACCCUCUCUAACAGCAGCAACUACAGCAGCUACAGCAACCUCAACCACCUCGGCUAAGUUGGCAUAUCAUCAAGCAACUGCAAUGACUGCUACUAAGACUACAACAACUUCUACUGCUACUACUACUACUACUGCUACUACUUAUGCUGCAGCAGCUGCUGCUUCUGCCACAAAAUAUGCAAUUCCAUCUUCAUCAACAACCCCUCUUCUAAAGACUUUGUUGCCGCUCAACCCCUCCAUGAGGGCAAAUAUUUGGGCACCCAUUGUUUCAUUGACUGACUCGAAAAAAACGUUUGCAGAAGCUGCUGCAGCUGCUACAGCUGCGGCAAAUGCCAAUUCUAAUGACAAUAUCAAUUUAAAUGCUAAUACAAAAGUAAUGACAAUGGAUGGGUCUAGAAUAAAUGCAUUCUCACAAACACCUCCUCCAAUGGCUAAUUCAUCUUUUCCCUAUUCUCUGUCUUCGUCAUUUGCUUCAGCUUCUUCUUCUGAAAUCCCGUUCCCUUUUUCGUUACCACUUGGAGGACAGAAUGACGUUGAAAGGUCUCGCGUUGUUGCACCAUCGAGCGCAUUUUCUGUGGAAACUGUAGUGGCUGGGAAUGAUGGACAGGACAAUAAAGAAGGAGAAGGAAAAGAAAAAGAAAAAGAAACAGAAGAAGAAAAUGAUGACGGUGACAAUAAAAAAAAAGAUGUCAAGAAUGCGCAAGAACAAAUUGAAGAGUUGAAAAGAGAAUUGGCUAAAGCAAAAAGUAAGAUUGAUGAAAUGGAAAACAAACGAGACACGGAAAUGAUGACAACAAUUAGAAUGAUGCCUAACUAUGGUACUAAUACUACAGACUUGGGGUUUGAAGUCCCAACUAGAGGGUACUCGCCCUAUGGAGGCCCAUCUAUGACUGGCUUUGGUGGCCAAGGAAGGUUCCAUGAUAUUUUCCAAGGUACUAAUGGCAAUGGGUUAUUCAAUGCUCCUAUGUUCCAGCACUAUCCUAGUCCAACAGCCCCUCCACCGCCGUUACUUUACGGAAAUCAUCUACCUCCUCCUCCUCCUCCUCAUCCUACAUCUAUGCGAGCACCUGUCGUAUCUGUCCCACCGGUGCUUACUCAAGCACCACACGCUCAUCUAGUUCCGCAACAGCAGCAACAACAACAAAGACCAAUGGCUCACGCACCACCGGCUGCUGCGUUCCCGGACCCGGUGACGACGGCGGACCCCACAACCACGACUUCCAACGUGACAGCGACGGCGACUAUGUGGGCUUCGGACGUGUAUGCACCGCGGGCACACGAGAUGGCAGCGGCUGCAGCAGCAUCAGUAACGAUUGUUAGUGAUGGAAAUGGAAAUGGUAAUGGUAAUGGAAAUGGAAAUGGAAAUGGUUUACAGCAGCUGCAAAGGAUAAAUAAUGGAAUGAGAAUGAAUAUGGGAGUGGGAAUAGGAAUGGGAGGAAUGGGAGCAAUUGGAGGAAUUGGAAUGAAGGUGUGUAAAGACCAGAUACCCCAAGGAGUGGUUAUUGGUGCAGGAUAUAAUCAAGGCAUGGUGGGCUCUGCGGGACUAGAACCUGGGGAAGGAUGUGGUGGUGGAAAACAGCCGCAGGAAGAAGAAGAAACCGCCGCCGCAGCAGCUGCAGCAGCUGUUGCGACGACGACGACGACGACAACCACGAUGCCGCCCAUUAAUAUUCCUGGGCGAAACGGGAAUGCCCUAAGCAGUGGCGCCAACCUAAUUGAGGAAAUUGGGAACGGCGGCAACCUAAUGGAUAUGGAAAGCCUAAGAAGUGAGGCCCGGUGCGAGCCGUGGCUUGUUGCGAGAAGAGGUGGAGGAAUUGGGCCAGGAGCUGGGGCUGGGGAUCUGUGGACUGCUUCAGCGAUGGUUGCAACAACCUUGGCAGGGCCUAUUGCAGGAGGAGGACGUGAUGGUAAUGAAGGAAUGCAGGCAACUGGUAGUGCAAGCGGCAAUGGGAAUGUUGCACUACCGGGAUACUUGGAAAGCAGUUACUCUGGAUGCUGGCCUAGCCUUGGGUCUGGGAUUCCAAAUAGCAAUGAAGGGUUUAUGGGUAACCAGUUGCAUUACCAUGGUGGGGGAGGGAUUCAAGCUCAAGGAUCGCCAGUUGCUUGUGGGUACGGGAUGGAAGCAUAUUACGGGUACAAGGCCAAUAUCGGUGUUGGUAGCAAUAGCAAUAGUAACAGCAGUAAUAACAACAAUAGCAAUAGCAACAUUAACAUCAACAUUAACAGCAACAUUAACUGCCACAAUAGCAUUACUGGCAAAAAGAAUGGGCCCCGAGGGUUUCCUGGAGCCAGUGGAGGAGGAGACUAUGAAAUUGAGAAUGGAGUUAAUGACAUUUACUACAAUAUUCCAAUUAACGAGCCCAUUAACUACAGGCGGCUCUUGGAAAAAUCUGCGACUUGCGAUUGGGGAAUUAUUGUCAAUCGGAUUGUACACGAUAACGACCAACAGGCGUCAAUUUUCCUCCAGCAAAAGCUAAAAAUCUCCAAUACAGAACAACGCAACCUAAUUAUCGAAUGUAUUUCAGAACAAUCGUACAACCUAAUGGUGAACCGGUUUGGUAACUUUUUGAUUCAGCGUUGCCUUGAGUACAGUAACAAACCACAGAUUGAGGCUCUAACAUUGUCGAUACGAGGGAAUGUGUGUACGCUAUCCAAAGACCCGUUUGGAUGUCAUGUUGUGCAAAAGGCAUUGGAUUGUGUGGGUGAAGAAAUGAAACAUACCGUUGUUGCAGAGCUUGUUGAAAAAGUGGCAGAAACAAUGGUACACCGAUAUGCAUGUCAUGUAUGGCAGAAACUAUUUGAGCUACGUUGGGCGGGUCCAGCACCUAGGUUCAUGGCCCGUGUGAAUGAGGAACUACAAGGAAUGUGGGAACGUGUUGCCUUGGAAGAGACAGGGAGUCUUGUGGUUCAAAAUAUAUUUGAGAACUGUACAGAAGAAGAUAAGACACCAUGUGUGGAGGAGAUUGUGGCCAAAAUAGAUACAGUGAUAUGUGGGCAAUGGGGGAACUGGGUAAUUCAACAUAUGGUGGAAUGUGCGGCGGAACCUGUACGGGAGCGUGUGGUUACAUUGGUACUUGACAAGUCACCCAUGUACAGCACUGACCAGUACGCAUCCAAAGUUGUUGAGAAGCUACUUAAAAUGGGCGACAAGACUGUGAUUCAAAGGUUUCUUGAUAAGGUGACUACAGCCCAAGGUAAUGGACGUCCAAGGAUUCCAUUGAUUGAUAUUGCAUCGGAUGCACAUGGAAAUUAUUUGGUUCAAUACAUUUUACAAAGUGGUACUCCCACACAACAAUUGCAAGUGGCAGCACAAAUUAAAAAACAUAUGGUGUCAUUGCGCGGGUCAAAGUGGGGGGCCAAGUGCGCUUGGCUUAUUGACCGUAACAGAACAAACACUUCUGUAACGGCAGUAUCCAAAUCUCUGCUCAAGCGGGGAGUCAAUUGA